CACACCACCGUACAAUCAAUCGCAGCCGUAUACAUGAGCGACGUAGUAUCAACCUCCUCCGAGGCCUCUCAGAGCCCCAUUUCGAGCCCUACUCUCUCCGUCAGCACCGUCGCGUCCGCAGUCGAGAACAUGAACCCGUCCCAAGAAGACAUCGACAAAGCCGCCGAAUUCAAAAAUGGCGCAAACGCCCACCUCUUGAAAGCCAACUACGACGAAGCGAUCAAUUUGUACACCAAGGCUAUCGAGCUCGAUGCCACCAAGGUCGUGUACUGGGCGAAUCGGGCACAGGCGUAUAUCAAGAGUGAGAUGUAUGGGUUGGCUGUUGCGGACGCAAGCAAGGCUAUCGCGAUUGAUCCUAAUUAUGCCAAGAGCUAUUAUCGGAGGGCGGUGGCCUAUGCGGCGAUUGCGAAGCCGAAGGACGCGUUGAAGGAUUUUAGGAUGUUGGUGAAGAAAGCACCCGCGGAUAAAGACGCUCGCACAAAAUUGGCGGAAUGCGACAAGUUGGUGCGGAAAAUGGCGUUUGAGGAGGCGAUUGCGGUUGCGGAUCCCCCGUCUGCGUUUGAGAGUUUGGAGUUGAAGAGUAUGGUUGUGGAGGAGGGGUAUGAUGGUGUUAGACUCGGUGAGGAGAUGACGGAGGAGUUUGUGCAGGAUAUGGUCGAGCGGUUCAAGAAUGGGAAGACGAUUCCUAAGAAGUAUGUUUAUCAGAUCUUGAAGGCUGUGAGGGAUAUUGUAUAUAAUGAGCCGACGAUGGUGGAGAUCGACGUCAAGGAGGAUCAGGUGUUGACUGUUUGUGGUGAUACGCAUGGCCAGUUCUUUGAUGUUUUGGAGAUUUUCAGGCGGAAUGGAACGCCAUCGCCGCAACGACCAUAUCUCUUCAACGGAGAUUUCGUGGAUAGAGGAUCUUGGUCUACGGAGGUGGCGUUGAUGUUUUAUGCGUACAAGUGGUUGUAUCCCAACCAUAUCUUCCUGAACAGAGGAAACCAUGAAACGGACGACAUGAACAAAAUCUACGGUUUCGAGGGUGAGUGCAAGGCAAAGUACAACGAGCUCACCUUCAAGCUCUUCUCUGAGUCUUUCUCAGCUCUCCCACUUGCAUGCCUGAUCGGCGGCAAGUACUUCGUUCUCCACGGUGGAUUGUUCUCAGAUGACACCAUCACCCUCGACGACGUCCGAAAACUCAACAGACACGCGAGACGCCAACCCGGACAAGAAGGCCUCAUGAUGGAAAUGCUCUGGACAGAUCCCCAACCCGAACCCGGUCGUGGUCCCUCAAAACGCGGUGUAGGCCUCCAAUUCGGACCCGAUAUCACCAAACGAUUCUGCGAGAACAACGGUCUCGACGCUAUCAUUCGAUCCCACGAAGUCCGGAUGGGAGGGGAUUGA